AACAUCUCAAUUGAAUGUUUACUAUAUACUUUUCAGUUAUGGUAUGCACUAGUAAAGACACUCUCAGAGCAAGCUGCUUGGGCUCUAGCCAUGGACCGAAUGCUUAACAUGGUGUCUAUAAAUGCCGGGCUAGUUCUUGGACCUGCCAUUGCUCAAAAGAAUCCCCAAGUGACAAUGUCAUAUCUUCAAGGGGCAGCGCAGAUGUAUGAAAACGGAGUCCUAGCAAUAGUUGAUGUGAACUUUCUAGCAGAUGUUAAUAUUCGUGCUUUUGAGGAUCGGUCCACAUGUGGGAGAUACUUUUGCUUCAAUAAAAUUGUGAAUUCUGAACAAGAAGCUGUGAAACUUGCAGAAAGCUUGAGUCCUUUGAUCUCCUUACCACCUAGGUAUGAAUGCCAAGGAAGGGAAGUGUAUGCUGAGAAAUUAAGGAACAAGAAAUUAAACAAGCUGGUUGAAGGCACUGUCUAUUAGCAUCAGCCAUGCCAUAUUACGUGCAUUUUCUUUUUCUUUUUUUUUCUUUUUUGUUUCUUUGCUAUUUGUUAUGUAUGCAAAUAUCAUUAAUGAUCUUAAGGCUUGGUAAUUGUAACAUCUCAGGUUGAGACCCGACCCUUAUUCAUAUAAAGAUGGUUGUAUUAAAAAGGUUUUCUAUCAAAAAUUGGACUUAGCUUGGAAA